CCAAUCCUCUGAUUGAUUGUUAUACACAUCGUGUUGUGGCAAGUGGUCUGUAUGAACACACUGUACGCUCUUGAUUCUGUACCGUCAGCAUCAUCAGCGUCGUGGUUGGUGAUCGGUCGCUCUCUACCUGUGGAGCUAGCUACAGCUCUCCUCGUCUCGUCUCCCCCUAUUCAAUAACCGUCGGCCACUCGUCACUGAACGCAUCGCAACUGGUGGACUCUGUAGUGGUGGGCUCCUUGAUGCGUUGAACCAAGGUAGGGACUUUGUUAAUUUGCAAAGGACUCCCAAGGAACUGAUCCUUAGAAUAAAAACAAAAUAAUAAUUGAUACUGGAGAAACAGGAGUUUGCUCUGAAAGAUGAAAUGUCAAACUGAGGACCCUACUGCUUGGAUGCACAGUGUUGGACCCCCAGUAGGCCGGCAUAGGAAAAUGUCUUCUGGAUAUUGGCCAGCAAUGGGCCAAACGCCAGCAGUCAGUUUCGUGAACGGAUUUAACUUCGGUAAUCACACCGCCGGAGUACACCACAACAACAACUUUGUGGCUGCCAGCACCAACAUGUCCUCACAGACGUUUCACACUCCAAGUUUUGGUGAUGAGGAAUUUGACAUCCCACCCAUGGCACAGUCAAUGGGUGAGGGAAACAUCACGACAAUGACCGACCAUGCCUUCACCGCCCAGCCCGUUAAUGAGCCAGUCGGCAACCAGGCUAUGCCUAAUUAUCAUACAGACUCUUUACAUGACCGAAGAGUCAUGUCCAGCCCCUCCGCUCCUAACAAUCAAACUCCGCCCCCAAUGCAGCAUCAACAGAUGAUGACAUCACCUGUCAAUCACUCAAAUCCCCCGAUGUCACACUCCCCAUCAAUGUCACAGUCAUUGUCACAGUCCAUGACGCUGCCGUCACCGACGCACAGUCACACAAUGACCGAUCCCGCAAAUCACUUCCCGAAUUCCAUGUCUGGUGCCGCCUUCACAGAGCCGUUGAGUCACAUGACGGAGAGCCUGCCCAAUCCGCUGACGACGUCCAACAUGCUUGUGAAUCCACAGUUUCCCCCUCAUAACUUGGACAUUCCUCCCAUCACGGAGCCGACUAGUAGUCUUGGUACAAUGAGUGGCAUGAUGCCUCACACACAGGCUGCAUCUUUCAGUCGCUCAGCCCCGACAACAACGCAUAUUUACAGUCAAUCGUACCACAUGCCUCAUAUGUCACAGAACAUGGACAUGUUUCCCAUGGACUCGCAUUCCAAUCAACAUAUGGGACAGUUGUCCACAAUCAACCAAUCAGCAAUCAGUUCACAGCUUGGUCUUCACGCUGGUCUGCAGCCAGGGCAGGGCAUUGUGGGUAGACAUCAAACGUUAGGUAAAAACUUGGGGCCUGGUAAUACGAGGUCUCCGCACCAGGAGAGCAGUGAAGACAGUGACGACAACACACCACUAGCACAGUUUGCAGCAAAAAGGCCCGAAGUCAAAGAAACCAAGAAGAAGCCGCCCAAGAGAAAGCGCAAGAAGGAUCCCAAUGAGCCUCAGAAACCCGUCUCUGCCUACGCACUCUUCUUCAGAGACACCCAGGCAGCCAUCAAGGGGCAGAACCCCAACGCUAGCUUUGGUGAAGUCUCAAAGAUUGUAGCUUCUAUGUGGGAUAGUCUAGGAACAGAACAAAAACAGGCAUAUAAGCAACGGACUGAAACAGCAAAGAAGGAGUACCUUAAGAAGCUAGCAGCAUACAGAGCAAGUUUAGUAUCAAAGGCGGCAGUAGACACAGCACAAAUUGAAGAACAAUCCCCCAGCAAGCAGAAGAAAACGGCAGCAGUCAUCACGGCCGCCCCAGCCACGGUCGGUCACACGCACAUUGCGCCCCGUAUCAUCGCACCAAAGCCGAUCGUCACCGGCGUGCCUAUCACGGUAACCAUGACAGCAGCUACUAAGCCCAUGAUGCAACCCGGCAUGAACCAGAUGCACAAUGUACAGAGGGUCGUCAAAGCGCAGUCUAUGAUGGGUGUUGAUGGUAUGAUGCCACAUAAUCACCAAAUCUGCACACGUAACGGCUGCAAUAAGCCGAGCAUUGAGAGCCCAGAGUGGGAUAAUGAAUAUUGUAGCAACGAAUGCGUCGUUGAUCAUUGCAGAGAUGUUUUCACUGCUUGGGUGGCUUCCAGUAGUGCUAAUGGUGGAAUGCUGCCAUCCGUCAAAUGAGGGCGCUCUCUGACGUCAAGAAUCCCAAUGUGAAAUAAUCCCCCCAACGAUGCGUCUGGGCAUCAACUCUUAUUUAUUAUCAACAAACUACUCUUUGCUAAGUUUCUGGAGGGGAUGCAGCUGUGAAGAGGCGAGGCAGUGAUUGGACGGCGUGGCGUGUAAGAUUGAAAACGGUGGACGAGCAUGGAUGGGACAUUAUACGGCCCAGGUUGCUCUUUGUGUAUGAUAAUUAGAAAAGUGGGCGGAUCCAGAGCAGCAAAAAAGGGGAGGAACCACAUAGAGGGAUCAGUUUCCAUGAAUUGGAGAUUUCAAAAAACACCAAAUUUAAAAAGGUAAUCCCUUUUUAAGCUUCUCUGGAUCCAUCCAAGAUUAGAAAGGAUUAAGUAUUUAAUCGUCAGCUAGGUAGGUUGAGAUCUACUUCUUGCUCAUACAUAAAUUAUUUAUGACUCACAAUUCAUUUAGAAUCAUGGCUAUAGUUUAUCAUACUGUAUUUUAGUUUAUUCUGUGCAACUAAAUCUCUUACUUUCAAGGCCUUUGAAUUUUGACACUUGGGGACCUUUGAUUUCUUGGACAGCGCCCUCUUGUGAUUAGUUACAUUCUUCCUUCUGUAUCUGUUUGGAUUUUGUUUGGUUCUUAGACUGGCUGUCAUGCUUAACAGUACAGAUUCAUGAAAGGUGCCAGAUUAAUUUCCAAUUUCCCCCAUAGUUUGGCUGCAAAUAUAUGGCCCUUUUCGAAACCACGGCUUUGGAUUCGGCUGGAGGCUCCGUUCUCUUGUCUGAAACCCUGAGCGCGUAUAUGUAAAGCAUGCGCAAUUGUCAAAACAAUCCCAGGGCCAAGCUAGACUUAGUCGAAUCCAAAGCUGAAGCCAUCGUUUCGAAAAGGGCCUAUGUAUGGAAGAAAAGCAACGUGGCUGCUGCCCCUGCACCAUUACUAGUUCAUUACUUGAAUAAUUAUGAACAUUUUAUAAAAAAUUACAGCCACUCUUUUCAACUUCAGCCUAAAUGCAAUCAUGAAAUAUUGAUAAACAUGAUAUUGAGAAAAUAAAUUGGAUGUAAGUGGAAAGCUUUCGAGAUCAGAAAGCUGUAUUAGGAAAGGGCCAAAUAGAGCAUCUUUGAUCAUGGCUGCUGGCCGAAGGAUGCAAAGAUUGCAUGUAGUCUUGCCAGUUUGUCAGACAUAACCAGUAAUCAGGCGUUAUGUAUAAUAAAGUGAAACCAAAGGCACACUCCAGCAGGCAUAUAGAUUAAGACAUCUUUAUCUGCUUUUUAUCGAUCGAUGAGAGCAGGAUACAAGUGCUUCCAAAAAGUCAAACAAUGUUCAAUAUGGCUGCGUUGUUCCUGAAGGACAAACUGUCAUAACGGGGUUUAGAACCCCCACCCUCAUGAAUAAACCAACUGAAUGGUUUACCACAAAUUGAGAUUUAUUUCUGACUGCCUGGCCAAUAUCUAAACAUCAUGUACCAAGAAAGAUAAACGAGUGUCCAAGUUGGGAACUUCCAAUUAACAGAAUAGCGCGUUUAACGUGCAUGGACUCAUGAGACUUACACUUUCAAUUCUAAAAAGUCACACAACAUUUUUGUUAACUUUUUAUUUUAUUAUCAUUAAAGUGGUAAUAGUUAUUUUUGUAGUGACCUGUGUGUGGUCUUUCGUAAUUAUCUUAAUUUAUCCUUUAACAAAUUAUUAAUAUAUUGCCUUGAAUUAUGGAAGUAUUUUUCUGGUAAAGAAUGGACGAAAAUGGAAAAGUGUUUGUUAAUUUAUUUGCGUUGAUACUACACUGUAUCAGUGUGGGAUUUGCUUCCCUAUUUUGUAGAAUGUUUUCCUUUUUUAUGAAGAAAUAAAAACUAAGAUUAAACAUGCCAUUCGUCUUGGCGUGGUCUCACUGAAAAUUAAGUGCGUUAAUUUCUUGACCCUUCAGUUCAAAUUGUAGAACAUGGCAGGUAUUGUACAGUUUGAUGUGUAUUGUUUCACACCAGGGCUCAAUUUCAUAAAGCUGUUAAGCAGAAAAUACUGCUUGACAACUUUCUUUGCUAAGCAAAAUUUGAGUGGGGCGUCAGUCAUGGAAAUGUAAUGUAAACUUUGGCUGAUAAACUGGUAAAUCCAAAUCAAUACCUUAAAACCAUACAAUACUUCAUUAGUGGAUUCUGGAAUACCAGCCAAAUUUCCAGAGCAUGUACUUUGCAACUCAAGGAUGUGGGUUCGAAUCCCCUAAGCUAACCGCUGAUUUCACGAUGACUAGAAUAAGUAUUGUCGACUAGUUACUGAAUCACAAUUUCUUGAUUGUGCAAUUCAAAAUCAUAGACAUGAAACAAUGUCUGUAUGAGAGAGAUUGGCUGUUGCCAGCUUGGGGUGUACUCCUAGAUCUUUCGAGUAGAGUUUCCUAGAGGUUUCGUUCCGCUAUCGUCUCCGUUACAGGAGGGGAUAGCGGAACGAAACCUCAUAGUUCUUGGAGUCUUUCCCCUUGUGGGACUUUGCUGAGUGCCCUUGAUAGGAAGAUCAUCUAAACAAAUAAUAAAAUAAAAAAAUAAAAUAAAAAAACAUAUAUCAAACUCAUGCAGUAGAAAGUUUUUCUUUUUAAUGGCAAUAUUUUCUGCUUCACAGCUCUGUGCGAGUGUUAGCCAAUUAAACCCCCUGCUUUCUCGAAAGAUUUUUUUUUCCCAGAUAUUUUUUACCGGAGUAUAAAUUCCAUCUCCUUUACUUCUGCUAGUGCUGCCUAUAAAUUGCUCAAUUCCUUAACUUUCAAGCCCGUAUUUACUGUACAUACUUAUUUCUUGGUACUGUUAUAAUAAGACUGCACUGUCCCCUUCAGAAACUCAACUGAGAAACCAUACAUUGCUCUUCUCUAAAUGUAUUUUUUGUAGCAAGUUGAUAUUUAACAAUAAGAAAAAUAAAACCUUGUGUUGUUUUGUUCUGACCAUUGCUGUGGUUGCCUGUAACUUUAGGGGCACCCAUUUGUGUACAGACAAGGGCGAAUGGAAUAAUAUUUUAUGUAUUUUUUAUUGACUUUCCAAAGUUAAAUUAAUUAAGUGCACUUUGUCUGUGACCACAAUUUAAAUUAAUAAAGUUCCGUAUACAGUACAAUGCCAACAGUCA